GUCCACACUCUCUCCAAAUAUAUUUACAGAGACAAUACCAAAUCUCCAUUUUCUUUUCGACCAAAAACCCCUACCUCCUCCUCCAUCACUCUAUCUAAAUCUCUUCCAGUUCACGCCAAUCCAAUCCGUAGAUUCAUCUCCAAGCAGCACCGUUUCGAUCGGUGGACUCGUCGAUUUGUAAUUUACGAAUUAAUUUUUUUUUUCCUGAUCAAUUUGCGCAUUCCGCAAUCCGAUUCGAUUGAAUUUUAGGUUAAUCGAUCGGAUUCGGUCCUUACCGGGCCGGGAACGUGGGCGGUAAUCAAGGGACAGGAAUGGAAGCAUCGGUGAACGAAUUUACGCGCGCCUGAAAAAGAAAAAAUGCCAGGUCUAGCGCACAGGAAUGGCCAAUUUAUUAAUGGUUCAACCGCGUCUUACACGCUCUCGGCCAACGGGUUUUGGUCCAAGCAUGGCGACGAUGUUAACUAUAACCAGCUCCAGAAGUUCUGGAGUGAGUUGUCACUGCAAGCUCAGCAGGAGCUUCUGAGGAUCGACAAGCAAACCUUCUUUGAGCAAGCUCGUAAAAAUAUGUACUGCUCUAGAUGCAAUGGGUUACUGCUUGAAGGUUUUUUGCAGAUUGUCAUGUAUGGAAAGUCUUUGCAGCAGGAAGGAUCAGUUGGGCACCUUCCCUACAACAGACAGGGGGACUCAAAAACUCAAAAUGAGAGUAUUGAUAACGGUUGCCAAGAUGAGAUUCAAGAUCCAUCUGUACAUCCUUGGGGAGGUCUAACCACAACACGUGAUGGAUCACUGACACUUAUGGAUUGCUAUCUGUAUGCAAAGUCUCUCAAGGGUCUCCAAAAUGUAUUUGACAAUGCACGUGCGAGGGAACGGGAACGCGAGUUGCUUUAUCCCGAUGCCUGUGGUGGGAGUGGUCGUGGUUGGAUAAGUCAAGGAAUUGCGAAUUAUGGCAGAGGGCAUGGAACAAGGGAAACAUGUGCACUGCACACUGCCAGGCUUUCUUGUGAUACUUUGGUGGAUUUCUGGUCAGCUCUUGGAGAAGAAACCCGGCAGUCUCUUCUAAGGAUGAAGGAAGAGGAUUUUAUUGAGAGGCUUAUGUACAGAUUCGACAGCAAGAGAUUUUGCAGAGAUUGCAGAAGGAAUGUCAUUCGUGAGUUCAAGGAACUGAAGGAGUUAAAGCGCUUGAGGAGAGAACCCCGCUGCACUAGUUGGUUUUGUGUUGCAGAUACAGCCUUUCAAUACGAGGUAUCUGAUGACACAAUUCAAGCCGACUGGCGCCAAACUUUUGCUGACACUGUGGGAACAUACCAUCACUUUGAGUGGGCAGUUGGAACAGGAGAGGGAAAAUCUGAUAUUCUGGAAUUUGAAAAUGUUGGAAUGGUUGGAAAUGUCCAAGUCAGUGGCCUAGAUCUUGGUGGUUUAAGUGCAUGUUUUGUCACUCUGAAAGCUUGGAAAUUAGAUGGCCGCUGCACUGAGCUUUCGGUAAAAGCUCAUGCAUUAAAAGGUCAACAAUGUGUACAUGGCAGGCUUGUUGUUGGGGAUGGUUUCGUGACAAUCACCAGAGGGGAAAGUAUCAGAAGUUUUUUUGAGCAUGCUGAAGAGGCUGAGGAAGAAGAGGAUGAUGAUUCCAUGGACAAGGAUGGAAAUGAGCUUGAUGGAGAAUGCUCCCGUCCCCAAAAACAUGCGAAGAGUCCUGAACUUGCUCGAGAGUUUCUUCUAGAUGCUGCAACUGUAAUUUUUAAGGAACAGGUUGAAAAGGCUUUUAGAGAAGGAACAGCGCGCCAAAAUGCACACAGCAUCUUUGUUUGCCUUGCACUGAAACUGCUGGAAGACCGUGUUCAUGUUGCAUGCAAAGAAAUCAUCACAUUAGAAAAGCAGAUGAAACUUCUUGAAGAAGAAGAAAACGAGAAGCGUGAAGAAGAAGCACGCAAAGAGAGAAGAAGAACAAAAGAAAGAGAGAAAAAACUUCGAAGAAAGGAAAGGUUGAAAGAGAAAGAAAAGGAUAAAGAUAAAAAAUGUCCGGAGUCAAAUCAAACUCCUCUUCAUCCUAACGUCACAAGGGAAGAAUCGCAUGAGGGUCCAAAUAAUCUCCUCAGCUGCCGGGAUUCAGUUAGUGAAGGUGAUACUAUUCAAUUUAGGCCUGGAUAUCCUGAUAUUCAAGAUGAUUUUUCAAAUGGGUAUAUUAGUUCAAGAAUGCAAGAUCGCUCUUAUGAUAGUCCUGAUGGGGAAAUUGCAUAUGGGAAAGAUUGGAAUGAUUCUUUUACAGAUGAGCAAUCAAGUUUUUCUUGUCGGAGACUAAAAUUUCGGAAAGAAAUUCAACUAGAUCCAUCUUUGAAGUGGUCUGACAGACACCGAUAUGUAACAGCAGAAUUUGGGACUGCGGUUCAGAGAUCUGAGUCAAGAUACUAUGGUGAUAAUUGUGAGACUCCUUCCAGGGGCAUGAAUGGAUCUAAUAGGCAGUCAAGGAUGAAUAAUGCUCCAAAGUCCAAUGGUCGACAUUGUGGCCCUAAGUUUUGCAGCAACAGAUUGAGUGAUAGAUUUGACCUCCAUUCUUGCAGCUGUAACCAGAAUAAUGAAUAUAGAGCGAGGAUUGAUCCACAUAUUUCUACAAUCAGAGUAAGUCGGGAUACCAGAUCUGCAAGCAAGUUAGAGUCUGCAUUGGAUGUGUCCAAGCAAUUUUAUCGUGGUAACAAGUAUAAUCAAAUAGAAUACUUGCGAGCUGGUUGUGAGAGACCCAAAAACAAAGCCAUCUCAGGGAACAAUCCUCCUAGCAAAGAGGUGCUUCACUCCAAGAAAGUUUGGGAACCCAUGGAAUCACAUCAAAAGUAUCCACGAAGUAACUCAGACUUCGACUUUACCUUGAGGUCAUCUACUUUCAAGGUUGAAGGGGCAAAGCCUGAUAAUAACUUUGUCAAGUCAUCUGGUAGCGAUAGUCAUUGUGAACACAGUGAAGAUUCAGCUGUUAUUGAUCGGGAGGAUAGUAAUUCAAAGGAAUCAGAACUUCAUGGCUUUGAAACUGAUGGGCCCUCUGAGAAUGAAUUUAAUGUGGGAGCAAAGGGCCAAUGCAACUCAAUUGAAGCGGCUUCUGAGGAAAUUGGAUCAUGUCCAAUCAGUUCUGCAGUGAAUUCUGAUAAAUCAGCAUCUAAUGGGACCUCAGAUCCCAUCAUGAGUAGCAGCACAUUGAGUUCUGAUAGCUUCUCAUCAUGCCUGAGUGAGGGUGACAGCAAUACGGCCUCUUCAAACCAUGGAAAUCCAGAAUCCUCUUCCACAUCAGAUUCAGAAGAUUCCAGCCAGCAAUCAGAAGGAAGAGAAUUAUGCGCCCAUAAUGGCUUCUCUAAGUGUCAGGAAGUUGCAGUGGAGAAAAAUGAGAAUUCAAAUGGCGGGAAGGUCAUGGGAAGCAGCACAUCUGUUGGUCUUUCAUUGGAUGGAUGGGGAAGUGUUGGUCUGGGGAAACCAGCAACAGGAGUCUUGCAAGUUUUUGAUAAUGGAUCGUCUGCUGUUAGCAUUGGUUCUCAACCUCAAGGCAUGCUUCCGCCAAUGCAUAACCAAAACAUACACUUUCCGGUGUUUCAAGCUCCUUCAACGUUGGGUUUUUACCAUCAAAACCCAGUUUCAUGGCCAGCAGCUCAUGCUAAUGGAUUAAUGCCCUUCCCCCAUACCAACCACUAUUUAUAUGCUAGCCCUCUUGGGUUUGGUAUAAAUGAAAACUCACGUUUCUGUAUGCAAUAUGGUCCAUUGCAGCAUCUAGGUGCGGCUGCCCCGGUAUUUAAUCACAACCCUGUCCCAGUUUAUCAACCUGUUGCCAAAGCCAGUGGUGUAAAUGCUGAUGAGCAAACUCGGAUCUCUAAGCCAGGUGCAGGACAAGAAGUUUUUAAUAAAGCUAAUGCAGAGAAGGCGGUCAGAGCCGGACCGCAUCCAAAAGAAGCACCAGGAAAUGAAGUGGGGCAAAACGAUAAUCCUUCCAAAUUGCAUACGGGUAACUCAGGGUUUUCCUUGUUCCAUUUUGGUGGGCCUGUUGCUCUUUCAAAUGGGUGUAAACCAGAUCAGAUUGCUCAGAAAGAAGGGGUUAUUGGGGAUUUCUCUCAAGAAUAUCCAACCGAUCAUGUCGAGAGUGAUCGUUCUUCGAAUUCGAAUAAGAAAGAGAGUAUGGUGGAAGAAUACAACUUGUUUGCAGCAAGAAACGGUACAAGGUUUUCAUUUUUCUAAUAUAGUAAUGAGAAGGUGUGAGGUGGCUGUCGAGUAUUUCAGUACCCAUCUUCUUAUUUGGAAAUGGUUUGAGUACUUUGUAAUUCGGUGAACAAUAAUCUUCAGAAAUUCCAAUUUUUUACUUGCAGUA